AUGCCCGUGGGAUCUCUUUGUAUCAAGGGAGUCAACGUAACUGAGGAUGGCGUUAGUUUGUUUUCGGAGACUAUCGGACGCACUCUGGGUAUCUACUGCGGUGCACUGUCUGGAGCCAACAUCGCAGGGGAAAUCGCCAGGGAACUCUACUCAGAGACCACAAUUGCCUACGACCCACCCCAUAUGGACUCCAAAGCCCCUACUCCCAAAACCAUAUCCCCCUCCCCCUCAAUCGCCAACAUCCCUAACGUCGUCCACUUCGAGCACAGGGACUCCUCCGGUCAGUUCUCCAAAGUCAGACUCCAGGCCCUGCCAUCCGAAUACCCCCCAAUCGACCAGCGACUGAUCAAAACCCUUUUCCACCGCCCUUACUUCCACGUCCGCGUCGUAGGUGAUGUCGCCGGCGUCUCCCUCGGUGGCGCGCUGAAGAACAUCGUCGCGUUGGCCGCGGGAUUCGUAGACGGGAUGGAAUGGGGCGACAACGCCAAGGCCGCCAUCAUGCGCGUCGGGCUUCUGGAGAUGGUCAAAUUUGGAACCAAGUUCUUCUCCGCCUCGGUCAACUCGCAGACCUUUACGGAGGAAAGCUGUGGCGUUGCGGACCUGAUCACCAGCUGCAACGGGGGCAGGAAUCACCGCUGUGCCAAGCUGAGUAUCCAGCGCGGACUGAGCGUUGAGGAAGUGGAGAAGCAGGAGCUUAAUGGGCAGAUGUUGCAGGGGACGUUGACUGCGAGGGAGGUUAAUAUGUUUUUGAAGAAUAGAGGUUUGGAGGAUGAGUUUCCGUUGUUCACGGCUGUGUAUGGGAUUCUUAAAGGCGAGGUCCGCGUGGAGGAUCUGCCCGGCCUUAUUGAGCGGUGA